AUGAUAGACAGUGUAGACUGCGCAUCUGCCAAAGAGCAAAUUGGGCAACAUAUAUGGAGAGCAUGGACUUCUUCCUCGAUUCUUCUUUGCUCCAUUCCACCGAGGACAGCAGCUGGUGAAAGUAUACAGAAUUCUACUCUCAGAUUCAGUCAUGCUUCUUGCCAUAUUUAUGACUGUAUGGGCAUUGUCUACCGCCAUGGUGAGCAGACGAAUCACCCAAGCCUUAUAAAGAUACCGGGUGGUUUGAAUUGA